GUAGUUGUAGUAGUCUCCGCUUGCGUUAAAGUGAGACGACGCGUGUGCGUGCACUGUGUGCAAUUUAAAAAUGUACUUGUUAAUAAUAGCCGCUAUUGCGGCUCUAGUGUUGAUUGUUAAAAUAUAUCAGAAACUCACGUGUGCGUUUUGCCGGUCGAGCGCUCAUAUGGUCGGCAAGGUAGUGAUUGUGACGGGUGGGAACAGCGGUAUAGGAUUAGAGACGGCGAAAAACUUGGCGGAGAGAGGCGCGCGAGUGAUCCUCGCGUGUCGGAGCGCGCGCCGCGCGCUGGCUGCUAAAGAAGAAAUCAUCAAGUUCUCCGGGAAUACCGAUGUGCACUACGUACCGUUAGAUUUGUCAUCCUUCCGCUCGAUAAAGGAAUUCAGUGAGCACAUACAGAAGACGGAGAAACGUAUCGACGUUCUUAUUAACAAUGCGGGCGCCGGGGGACUUGGAAACUACAAGACCGAAGACGGUCUCCACGUCGGCAUGCAAGUCAAUUACUUUGGACCUUUUCUACUGACCUGCUUAUUACUACCGAAGCUGAAAUCCUCAGCUCCAAGUCGAAUUAUAAAUCUGUCUUCGGUUAUACACAAGUACGGCUUAAUGGAUUUCGAUAACCUUAACAUGGAAAAAUACUGGAGCGAUUACUUGGUGUAUGCGAAUAGUAAAUUGUAUAUUAAUUUGAUGACGCUGGAGUUGAGUGAGAGACUGCGGGGCACCGAAGUGACGGUGAACGCGGUGCACCCAGGUAUCGCGGCGACUAAUAUAUUUAGGAAUAUUCCUAUUGCUAUCGUGCGGACUAUGGUGGAGAAGGCAAUAGGGUUCAUGUUCCAGAGCCCGGUGGAGGCGUCGCAGACGGCUAUCCACCUGGCGGCGGCGCGUGAGGUGGCCGGGGUCAGCGGCCGCUACUUCAGCAACUGCCGACAGACACAACCGUCUAAGAUUUCACAGGAUCUAGAUAUUGCCAAGAAACUUUGGACGCAUUCCGCAAGAUUAGUCAAAUAUUCUGAGUCAGACUGAUUUAAUUAGUGUUGCUAGUAGUUACAAUUGGAACGUUGUUAUCAUGACAAUAAAUAGAAAUAUAUAAGAUUCUAGUGAAAUUGAAUACAUAAUAUUGUUUUAAUAUAAUUGUUAUUUAUUAUUUAGUAUCUUACACGUCUGUGGGGAAUAUUCCGUACGCCCUUGGAAGGUAGUGGUGAUAAGUAGAUAAUUGUUUUACAAGAAAUAUAUUUGGGUGGAAAGUGUAUGCAGUGCGUGGAAAAGUCUUGUUUUCUUAUUUUACAAUUUUAAGGCUUAUUUAUUCAAAUAAAAAAGAAGAUACUUUGUGUGUGUUUUUAAAUUUCACGAGACUAGUUUAUAAUGAUAUAACUACAACAUAUUGACGUAUUGACUUAAUAAUAACUGAUAUCAUGUAGAUAGUCUGUUCAACACUGUUCGUUAUGAUGAGUGUUAUGACGUUUGAAAGGUCUAAGUAUAAGACAAGGUCAUGGUCCCUAGUUAUAUUUCUGUUUAUGGUUUACAUUGUUCAUUUGUAGACGGCAUUCAGGGCAAUAUUUAUUGAGUAGUAAUAGCAUGAAUUUAAUUCUGGUCUGCUAAGAAUUAUUAUCAAAUUUUUUUUGUAUUUUCUAUGUAAUGAAUACAGAUAUUCUUUUCUACUGUCUAAACAAUCAAGACUAUUAUUUUAACAACUAUUUAAUUUACCACACUUGCUAUUUAAACGCUACCGUAAGCAUACAAAUAGUAUAAAUGUGUUGACUGGCACUAGUUAAGUAAUUUCUUGUAGCCAUAAUUAGUUCAGCAUCUAGUCCCUUUGCUCUUAUCGCGAGACGGCCUUGUGUCGUAGGUUAAUGUGAUUGCGGUUCCUUGCAACCAUAUUCCUAAAAUGCCUAAACAGAUUAGUCUCAUAAUAUCUAAAACUUAAAACCUAAACCCACUUCUCAAAUUACCGUAUUCCCAAAACGUCUAAAAGUUAAAUUAGCUUAACCCUGAAAUGUAUGAAUUUUUCUUUUAACAAGAUAUUAAUAUAUGUGAUAGACAACAGUUUUCUGACUCUGGUAAAAAUAAUAAAAAAAAUAUUUAAUACAGAUUUUAAUACUAGAUCAGUGUUAGAAGUUA